UAUUUUGGCCCCCAGUCUCGCGCGGUUUUAAUUGUUGGCAGUGAGUUUGUAGAAGCAGCUCAAAUUUGUUCAUUAAUUUGUUGUUUUUUUGCUUUAAUUCUUUGACGAUUUUGCUUGUUUUUUCCUCAGCAAAGCGACAAUGCAAAGGUUACUUCACUUGCCAAGGGUAUUUUCACUUGGUCGUCAACCAGCAAGAACGUAUCUCAGACCAGCUUCCCUACAAAUUUUCCAAACUGCUCCUAUCAAUCAUCAAACUCCACCAUCCCAUCGCCAUGUCUCGACCACCCCAACCCAUGGAAACCCGAACCCCAAAGAGCUCCGGGAUGCCUGGGGGAAACCAAGCUUUGAUGUCGCCGAAAUGAAACACGUCUUGGACCACGACAACCAUGAGAUGCGCGACAGCUGCCGAGAAUUUCUGUCAGGCAACCUCAUGAAACCACAAUACAACAUCUCUAUUGAUAAAGAGCGAGAAUUAGCCUUGCAAAGACUUAAGGCAAUGUGUGAUAAUGAUUACAUAUCGGUUCUAGACUUUCGUAACAACCCGUUGCGGAUUUUUGCCGCACAUGAGCUCUCUGCCGUGGUUGACCCAGCCAUGACAACAAAAAUGACAGUCCAGUUCAAUUUGUUUGGUGGUACAGUUCUCAAACUUGGCACGGAGCGUCACCAUGAAAAAUUAUUACCAGGUAUCGACACUUUGGAAGAUGUUGGAUGUUUUGGUCUCACAGAACUUGGCUAUGGAAACAAUGCUGUUGAAAUGGAGACAACAGCCACAUACGACAAAGAGACGCAGGAGUUUAUAGUAAACACACCCACAACACUGGCUCAGAAAUACUGGAUCACCAAUGGUGCAUUACAUGCCCAGCACUGUGUAGUAUUUGCACAGUUGUUGGUUGGUGGUGAAAAUCAUGGAAUUCACGGUGUGUUGGUGCGAAUUCGCGAUGAUGAUCUCAAAACCAUGCCUGGUGUGCGGGUGGAAGAUAUGGGACAUAAAAUGGGUCUUAAUGGCGUGGACAACGCUAAAUUGUUCUUCGACAACGUCAGAGUUCCGCGCGAAAACCUGCUCAACCGGUACUCUGACGUCAACGAGGAUGGCUCGUUCCAGUCCUCUAUCAAGGGGAACCGCUCGCGGUUCUUGACUGUCGCUGACCAACUGUUGUCCGGGCGCAUAUGCAUCGCCAGCAUGUGUCAAGGGGCCGCCAAAGCCUCGUUGACAAUCGCCACGAGAUACGCGUCAACUCGGCUCACCGUCGGUCCCCGAGGUAAAUCCGACACUCCCAUUCUCAACUAUCAGCUGCAACAGCGCGCCUUGCUGCCGCUUUUCGCAAGGACUUAUGGGAUAAACUUUGCACUCGACUAUGUCAAAGACCGCUGGGCCAACCAAAAAGCUGACGGCUCGGAACAUCCAGAAAUUGUUACCAUGUGUUGCGUCAUCAAACCGCUGGCUUCAUGGAAUAUCGGCGAUGUCGUUUCGGUGUCACGUGAACGCUGCGGGGGGCAAGGUUUUCUCUCCUGCAACAGGUUCGGCACGUUCCUAGGCAACGCUCAUGCGGCGAUGACCGCUGAAGGAGAUAACAGCGUGCUCAUGCAGAAAGUUGCCAAAGAGAGGUUGGCUGUUUUCAAGCCUCAAACGUUGGGGCAAAGCAGGGACGUGGAUUUGCAAGAUGUUGAUUCUCUUCACUUCUUGUUGCAAAAGAGAGAAGAUUUGUUGUUUAUGCAGUUGGGAAAGAGGUUGCAAGCCGCUGGCAAAGAGGGCCUCUUCGAAACCUGGAUGUACCAGGCGAGCGACAACAUCCAAGCCGCAGCGAGAGCUUUUGGUGAGAGAUUGAUCAGCGAACGGUUUAUGGCUGUCGCAGAAAACGCCAGCGCAGGCAACAAACAAAUCGUGAAUCUUUUGCAUCGCUUGUACGUCAUCGAUAUACUGGAAAAAGAUCUCGGUUGGUGCUUACUCGCCCAAGUCCUUCCCGCCGCCGAGGCUGCCAAGGUCAACGAAGAGGCCGCUGACCUAUGUGCACAGCUGGCGCCGAACGCUAUGGCACUUUGCGACGCGUUUGCUUUGCCCGAUGAAAUGCUGUCCGCGCCCAUCGCGAGAGACUGGGUCGAGUACAACGUCCACGAUAACCUUGGGGAGUUGUUGUGAAUGACGUAAUCGGUUUUUUCGUGUGAAACGAACUCAAACGGACAUUAGUUAAAUGCACAUUUUUUUCUUCACGUUGUCUUUGACGUCACAGGAGCAUAAUCACGUGGACGUGGAGUAUCCCAGUAAUAUUUACUGUCUAGAAUUCAUGUAAUUCUCUUGUAUAGGUUUGCAAUGUACUACGUAGUUUCAAUUAAAUAAACGUUCUGUUGCACAAA